AAACCACCCAGAGGAAAAGGGAGGAAGUCAGGAGGCUGCCUGUCUGUGACAGCCGUAUCAAAGAAAAGCACAGUAAAAAAAAAGGCCGGACUUGAGCUUGAACUCUUGUCCUUUUCGGAUAGAAAUAGACUCCUAAACCCGCCACCGACAUGUCGAAGAGCACCACGGCCGCCCGCUUCAGGCGAGUGGACGUGGACGAGUACGACGAGAACAAAUUCGUGGACGAAGAGGACGGAGGAGAAAACCAGCUGGGUCCCGACGAGGCAGAGGUGGACUCCCUCAUCAGACAAGGAAAUCUCAUGGAGGCUUUACAUGCAGUCCUGAAGAACCCGCCAAUCAACACAAAGAACCAGAACGUCAAGGAUCGUGCUGAGGGUUUGGUGCUGAAGGUGCUCAGCGCCUUUAAGAGCAGUGACAUUGAGAAGGGAGUGCAGUCCCUCGACAAGAACGGCGUGGACCUGCUGAUGAAAUACAUCUACAAAGGCUUUGAGAGGCCGUCAGAAAACAGUAGCGCGGUUCUCCUGCAGUGGCAUGAAAAGGCUCUGGCAGCUGGAGGAGUGGGCAGCAUCGUCAGGGUACUAACAGCGAGGAAGACGGUCUAAAAUAGGAGCGGAGGAUCAGCUUGCUCCACAUCACUGACAGAUACAGGGGGGUGCACUGUACUGUACUGUACUGUUCAUGUAAUCAUAACAGAUGGCAUCGGAACUAAAAGGAAAAACAGAUUUUUUUAACCCAAUGUGAUCCUGCUGCUGUUCAAGGCUAAACAAAUCAAAUCUGGGUCACAUUCGGUUAAAAACGUGUCUUUUCUUUCUGUUCAUGAUCACAGCCGACUGAAUCGUGUUCCUCACAGGGUGCUAUAGAUAACUUUGCAUCUCAUGUGUCUGUGCUGCUUCCCCGAUCUGUUCACAGUAUCGUCAUUAUUAUCAUGUCAUUUCCAUACAGUGUGAGCUCAUUGUACACAUCAGUGGUUCCCAACCUUGAGGAGAUAAACCCAGAAAACACAUAUUCCUGCUAUACAAUUUAUAACAAUCUUCUUCCUCCAAUCUUUGCUUUUUACCUCUCUUAUUGGUCACAAGCCAAAAAGGUUGGGAGCCUCUGCUGUAUCCACACAGUCACAAAACACACUUGUGCUCAAUCACAGGCAUAUAUCAUUACUUGACUGACUUCCACACAAACACACAGAAGGUUUCAGCUUUGCUUCUCUCAGGAAAACUCUCUCAGUAUUUGUUUUUUCAUCAUUCUCCUGUGUUAUCUCUCCAGUGGAGACUUCCUGAUGGAAUAAAAGCCUGAUUCUCUGUCAGUAAAUCCUCUCAUUGCCUGUCCCUGUAACACUCUAGCAGUGGGAGGCUCUUGAAAAGCACAGUCACAGAUGGAGGGUGGUGGAUAUGCUCACGGGGGUCGCUAUUUACCCUGUGGAGCGGGAGGAGGGUGGACGGAGGGGGUGGGGGGGUUGGUGUCAUCCAUCCAUCCUUUCACGCUGCCUGCUGCCCCAGUUAAGGAUUAUUACCCACGAUGCAUCUCCACCACCACUCUUAUUAAUCCCAUUUCAUUGUUCCCCACGUCCCUCGUGUGUCUGACUCUCUCAUGCACCCUCUGCUACUGCGCAGGGCGUCAUGCAGCUCUGCUGGUUCUGUUUAUAGGAGCUGCAUUUUUUUCUGUACUUUCAGGAAAAUGGCACGUCACCCUGAGCAUCCUGUCUCAGAUAGCUUUUUGUAUUUAACAGAAAAAAAUAAUCUAGGAUUAAACAUUUUCCUCACGGUUUUGUUUUAUAGUGAUGAUUUUUGCCUCAAGGCUGAAUCUCUAAAUGAUGGAAAUUAAAAACCGCUUUAAGGUUUAACAAUGUCAGUGUUGCAGGAGAGACUAAGAUAAAAUCAUGAUUAUUUUGUCUCUGGAAAUGGCAAAGAAAGUUUAUGUGAUUUUAAAAAAAAAUAUAUAUUGUUUGCAUGAUCCCACUUUUGAGAAUAUUUUCUCAAGCAUUUCAUACCUGUCUUUUCUACAUGUCAUGUGUUUCUUCUGGGUUUAAAUUUCCGCUCAUUUAAACAUCCUCCACACAUGGUGUUGUCUGGCAGUAGAAGUCACACUGUUAGAACCAUGUUUGCUUUUUAAUUUCCACACAUUUUCCAACAUGAGGAGGGACACUGGAAAUGUUUAUCUGCCUUAUCAGGUAGAAAACAUCUGUUGCCAAACGAUUUAUUUUGCUUUCAUGGAAAUAUUGUAGCUCAAAUUGAUGGUUUUGUUGCCCCUGUGUAUUAGAGAAGAAUCUUUCAAAGUGGUGGAGUUGUAACUAUAAACAGUAUAAACAGCAAAGUGUGUUACGGUUAAAAAAGUUUCCGUUUUGAAAAUACUACGUAGUGAUCAGGGAAAUUCAGUUCCAGCAUGUUUUGUUCCUGCUCAUUUCCAAUCAGACACUGAGUGGAAUUUCUCAAUGUUGCUUUUUCUAAAAACACACACGUCACAGUUGUGUUUUACUCACCGGUUGAUAUUUAGACAUGGGUUAUCAUGUUUGAAUACCGUCAUCAGUGAUGAUGCAUCCAGACAUUAGAUUCCUUUUUCUAAUGCAGUAACGUCUAGUUUUACAUGAAAACAAGAUUCCGUCUCCUGCUUCAUGUAUUUCUAGUCAGAGAUGCUCUUCUAGAUGAGAUCGAGAAGACGAGGGAGCAUACCAAACUGAUGUACAAACUGCCUUACUCGAUAUUCCUUUUUUAUGUUUGUGCUUUUUUGACAAAAAAAUAAAGGUAUGAAUGCUGAUCAUAA